AUGACGACCACCAACACACCACAACCCCUCAAAAUCCUAAUCGUCGGCGGCGGCAUCGGCGGCCUAACAGCCGCGCUCGCCCUACGCAGCCAAGGCCACGACGUGCAGAUAUUUGAGCAAUCGCGUCUCGCCACAGAGACAGGCGCGGCGCUGCACCUGGCGCCGAACGCAAAUGGGAUUCUGAAGAGGUUUGGCAUCUUCGCAGAAGAGUUUGGGGCGAAUUUGAUGGAGAGGUUGACGGAGUACUCGGCUGCCGGUGUCCUCGAGCGCAGCUUUGAUCUCACGCAGCAGAAUAAGAGGUGGCAGCAUCAAUGGCUCCUCGCCCACCGAAUUGACCUACACAACCAACUCAAAACCGCCGUAACAAGUCCCAGCUCCAGCCCCAGCCCCAGUGUCAGGCCCGCAAUCCCCUUACACACGGGCAGCCGAAUCGUCCUCGUCGAUCCCACCUCCGCAAGCAUAAUGCUAGACAACGGCACAAAAUACGCGGGCGACCUCGUCCUCGGCGCCGACGGGGUCCACUCCGUAACGCGCUCCGCAAUCCCAGGCGGGAAUUUGAAAGCGUCGUGCUGCGGGAAGAGCGCAUUCCGGUUCCUUGUUCCUACAAGUGCGGCACUUGCGGAUCCUGAGACGGCGAAGUUCGUGCAGCAUACCGGGGAGCUGUGUAUCUGGUAUGGCGCCGAUAGGCGGGUCGUGAUGUAUCCCACGUCUGGGAAUACGGUGCUGAAUUUCGUUGCGAUUCAUCCGGCGGUGGAGUCGGAGGGUGAGGCGGAUGAGAGUUGGGAUGGGAAGGGGGAUACAAGUAUAAAUAUGGCGAAGAUGAUCCAGAUCUAUAAUGGGUUUGAUCCGGCUGUGCUGAAGUUACUGGCCAAGGCGGAUCCCGAGACGGUUAAGGUGUGGAAGUUAUUGGACAUGCAGGAGGUUCCGGCGUGGCAUCAUGAGCGUCUCGCUGUUCUGGGAGAUGCUGCUCAUCCUUUCCUCCCGCAUCAAGGGCAGGGAGCUGGUGUUGCGAUUGAGGACGCGGCAGCUUUAGCUGUUGUUCUCUCCCCGGGGACACCAGCAGAAGAGGUUCCAGAGCGGCUGAAACUAUACGAUGAGAUACGCCAUGAAAGAGCGACUCGGAUCCAGGAGUACUCGCGACUAAUUGGCCGAGAUCGCUCUGAUGGUAAAGCACCAGAUAUGUACGGCUUUGCAGACUACAACUUCGGCCACGACGAAUGGGACAACUCAACCCAGAAGCUGCGCGAAUGGAACUGGGCGCGCAUCCCCAGUCCAGGCCCCUACUGGCGCAUGCCCAUCGCAUUCGGACCCAUGCCAGGCCCCCGGCAAACAAAUCUCGGCCUGCCGCGCGACGGAUCAAAGUCAACCUUCACGACGGCGUCGAUCAAAUUCAAGACCUCGCGCACAGUCCUGCAGAAUCUGUUCCCGCCAGGCCGGAGCGGGUGGCGGUUUAGUUCUGCGGAUACAGUGGCAUACGCGUCGUUCUCGCAGACGACGCUGGAUAGGAUGGAGUGGUUGGGCGGGUCUGGGUAUAGCCAUCUGGGCCUGUAUGUGCACGGGGUGGAGUAUGUCAAGAAGGACGGCGGUGUAGUGAAAGGCUCAUAUCUGCCUAUUUUGUUUGAGUCCCUGACUGAUCCGAUUGUCUCUGGGCGUGAGGAACUGGGUAUGCCGAAGCUGUAUACCAGCAUUGAUAUCUACCGUCGGAGUACGUCGUACCGGGUGCGCACUGGAUGGAAGGGUGCGCUAUGGGGAGACUUUCUCCUCGAGGGUCUAAAAGAGGUUGAUCCGUCGACUACGGCUGGGGGAAUCAGCGGGGAGGCAGACGCGGGGAUCCUUGCGUAUAAGUAUAUCCCGAAGAGUGGGAGGGAGAAUAAGAAUGUUGCUGCGGAGGAACAUGCUGUCUUUGAUCCGUUCUCUGAGGCAGUUCCCAAGCCUCGUCCGCAGAAAGUGUAUGUUGCAGAGAGAGCGAGAUUUCAGAUUGAUGGACUGGAUUGGGAGCAGCUGCCGACGCUGCAUCAUGUUAUUGAGAGGCUGGCUGAGGUGCCUGUGUAUGAAAUUGUCGGAGCCAAGGUGGUUGAGGGAGAGGGCGUGCCUGAUGUGUCUGGGGCGAGGCCGAUUGAGUAG